CGGUGCUGCUAACAAGACCGAUCCGCAGAGCACAGAGCGGCGAGCAGGCAGCACCGAUCACACACCGGAAACAUCGAGCGGCUGCACAAACACGCCGGGGAAACACCGGGGAAACACCGGAGGAGCCCGGCAGGUUACCGGCAGGAUGCUCGGUUUCACGUUCACGGAGUGACGUCACCAGGUGCCAGCGAUGCUGCAGCUCCCCCUGGUGGUGACGGCUCAGGUGGACCUGGUCCUGCUGCUGGUGUCUCUGCUGGCCCUCUGGACCAGACUGAGCUGCCUCAGCUACCCCAACGCUGUAGUGUUUGAUGAGGUGUAUUAUGGUCAGUUCGUGUCUCUCUACAUGAAGAGAGUUUUUUUCAUCGAUGACAGCGGGCCGCCGCUCGGUCACAUGAUCCUGGCCCUCGGAGCGUACCUGGGAGGAUUCGAUGGGAACUUUGUGUGGAACAGAAUCGGAGCAGAGUAUCCCAGCAGCGUGAGCGUGUGGAGUCUGCGGUUGCUGCCGGCUCUGUGCGGAGCUCUCUGUGUUCCUCUGGUUUACCUGUUGACUCUGGAGCUGAAGUUCUCUCACCUGUCGGCUCUGGGAGCUGCUCUGCUGCUGCUGCUGGAGAACUCUCUGAUCGUCCAAUCACGUUUCAUGUUGCUGGAGUCUGUCCUCAUCUUCUUCGUGUUGUUGGCCUUCUUCUCCUACCUGCGAUUCCACAACGCUCCUGACAGCUGGUCCCGGUUCUGCUGGCUGCUCCUCUCCGGCGCCUCCUGUGCUGCAGCGGUCGGGGUGAAGUACAUGGGCGUGUUCUCCUACCUGCUGCUGCUGGGCGUGGCCUCUCUGCACACCUGGACCCUGAUUGGAGACCGAACCGUCAGUCAUCUGAGGGUGUGCGUGCAGUGUGUGUGUCGAGCUGUGUGUCUGGUGGUGCUUCCUGUCCUCCUCUACGUGUUCUGGUUCUACGUCCACCUGAGUCUCCUGCACCGCAGCGGACCACAUGACCAGCUGAUGAGCUCCGCCUUCCAGGCCAGUCUGGAGGGCGGCCUCUCCAGGAUCACGCGGGGUCAGCCUCUGGAAGUCGCUUACGGCAGUCAGGUGACUUUAAGAAGCUCCGCCUCCCAGCCGAUCUCCUGCUGGCUCCACUCGCACAAAGCCAACUACCCAAUCAGGUAUGAAAAUGGGCGGGGCAGCUCUCACCAGCAGCAGGUCACCUGUUACCCCUUCAAAGACGUCAACAACUGGUGGAUCAUCAAAGACCCCAGCAGACAGGAGCUGGUGGUCAGCAGUCCUCCCCGACCUGUCCGUCACGGUGAUGUCAUCCAGCUGCUUCACGGGAUGACCUCACGCUUCCUCAACAGCCAUGAUGUCGCAGCUCCCAUGAGCCCUCACGCUCAGGAAGUGUCGGGUUACAUCGACUUCAACGUUUCCAUGCCGACGCAGAACCUGUGGAGAGUGGACAUUUCUAACAGGGAGGCGGAGUCAGAGUCGUGGAAGACGAUCCUGUCUGAGGUCCGGUUGGUCCACGUCAACACCUCAGCUGUCCUCAGGCUGAGCGGCGUGUCUCUUCCAGACUGGGGUUUCCGUCAGCUGGAGGUCGUCGCUGACAAACUGUUCAAGGCUCACAGCAGCAGUUUGGACUGGACGGUGGAGGAGCACCGAUACGGAACCAGUCAGGAGCAGAAGGAGCGGGAGGCGGAGCUUCAUUCUCCGACUCACAUCGACGUGGACAGAAAAAUGUCCUUCUGGGCCAAGUUCGUAGAGCUUCAGUGGAAGAUGCUGACGGUGAAACAGGAAGACUCUGAGCACAAGUACAGCUCCUCCCCCCUGGAGUGGAUCGGCAUGGAAACCAACAUCGCAUACUGGCUGCACUCCUCCACCAACGCUCAGAUCCAUCUGAUUGGCAACCCGGUGUCGUGGGGCGUGGCCAACCUCAGCCUGCUGGCCUAUCAGGUGCUGGCAGCUGUCUACCUGCUGAGGAGGAGGCGGGGCUUCAGAGACCUCCCUGAUGGUGUGUGGGCGCAGUUUGUGUGUCUGGGAUGUGUGUGUGUUGGCGGCUGGUUGGUGAACUUUGUUCCGUUCCUCCUGAUGGAGAAAACUCUCUUCCUGUAUCACUACCUGCCCGCCCUCUGCUACCUGCACCUGCUGAGCCCCGCCCUGCUGGAGCACGCUCACACUCACCUGCUCAGCAGAGGGACACACCGGCGUGCACUGUGCGUGUGCGCGGCGGCCGUGUUGUUGUCCGUCUUCCUGUCCUAUCGAACCUUCUGCCCUUUGACCUACGGCAGCCCCGAGCUGUCGGCCAAUCAGCUGCAAGAACUGAAGUGGAGAGACUCCUGGGACAUCCUGUACCGCCGCCGGUAGAGAGACACCGAGACAGACAUGGAGAGAGAGAGAGAGAGUGUUUGUUUUCUUCAUCAUGACGAGGAGGACUGAAGCGCUCUCACAUGACCACAUACUGACUGUGACGCUGGGUCCUGAUCCAGGAGCUGAGUCUCUGUAGUUCUUGUUGCUGGACUGAACACGUCCCGAUGAGCCGACCUGUGAGGUCAUGCUGACUCAGACUGUGUCCCUGGACCGGACCGGGUCUGUGGUCUGUAUCCAGACUCUGAGAGGAGGUGAGUGAAUGAACUUUGGAAGGUUCGGGUGGCUGCAGGACCAGAGACCAGAGACCAGAGUCAGUCUUGCAGACUGAGACUAAAACAGCUGCCACUCAUUUCAUGUGAACUUUAACAAAAUAAAAGAUGAACAGAGAAA